AUGACCGUCCGCCUCCCCCCCCGUGUCGCACCCAACCGACCAGUGCGGGGGAACAGCGGAAGCAGCCGGAUCCCUAUCGACCUCAAGCGGAUAACGAAGGACAAAGACCUACGGGUCGCCUCCCAAAACAGGGCCUCCAGCCGCCCUCCGCCCACGGCGCUCAGGCGGCCAACGGGAGAGACCGCCGCCGAGCUGACGGCUACGGUGAUGUCGGCCGCUGCUGAGACGGCGCCACUGGCGAGGUGCGCACGAGGGCAGAGAGGCGGGUACUCGAGCGGAGUGCAGCACGAGAUCUCCGAAGCGUCAAAAGCGAUAAGGGCGGCCCAACAGCAACUGCGUGUGGCCUCAAAGAACAGCGCCUUCGAGGCGACCCUGAAGGCGAUGCUCAAGGCGGCGCGGAAGAAGCGCAGCAUCGCGAGGUGGAGAGCACUGGAAACGUUCUUCGAGGGCUAUGUACGGCAGCUCGAGAAGAAGAGCCGCGAGGGGGAUCAGGCGGGUUUCUACAGGCACCUGAAGAUGAUCGACGUCGAAGGUAAGAGGUCGUUCACCUCUCAGAACAUCAAGGACGAGGACGGCAAGGUCCUUCGGGACCCCACGUUUAUUCGCCAACGGUGGGCACGGUGGUUCCACAAGCUUCUCAACACCAAGUCGCCGACCAUCGACCUGCAUGCGGCUGACAAGGUCAAGCGGUGGCCCACGUGCGUGCCACUCGACGACAUCCCAUCUCUACUUGAGGUUGAGGAAGCGGUACGGGAAAUGGCCAACAGAAAGGCCGUCGGGCCGGACGACCUACCGACCGAGCUGACCAAGCCUUUCCUGGACGGAGAUCAAGUGCUGUUCAUGAAGGGGGACACGAUGGAGUGCGGCAACUACCGGGGCAUCUCUCUCGUCGCACACGCCGGCAAGGUGCUGCUUAAGGUCGUCGCUACACGACUGAGCCACUACUGCGAGCGAGAGGGCAUCCUCCCAGAGGAGCAGAGCGGUUUCCGCCCACACCGAUCAACGCUCGACAUGCUAUUCGCCAUCCAGCGGCUCCAUGAGCUCGCGAGGAAGAAGAGUACUGCGGUGUUCGCGUGCUUCGUCGACCUCACCAAGGCAUACGAUUCGGUGGACCGAGACCUAUUGUGGGACGUGCUCCGACGCUUCGGCGUGCCCCCGAAGAUGCUGGCGGUCAUUCGCCACUUCCACGAGGGCAUGAGGGCGCACGUGCGUCCGAACGGUGGGCAGUACUCGGAAUGGUUCGACGUGAGCCAAGGCCUCCGACAGGGAUGCAACCUGGCCCCGCUGCUGUUCAACUUGUUCUUUGCCGCGAUUCUCAUGGUCGCCGUGGCCGAGUUCGACAAGGACCCCAAGGUGACGGCGGACAUGGUCAAGAUCGGGACACAAGUGGAGUACACGGGCAAGAAGGGCAGGUCGGCGGGGAGGAAGACGACGGUGGUGACGGACGCGGAGGCCUUGUGGGCCAUGCUCUACGCUGACGACGCGGCCAUCGUCUCGCGCUCGCCGGAGAGUCUCGAGAAGAUGAUGUCGGUCAUCGUGCGCGUGGCCGGCCUGUUCGGACUGAUGGUGUCGGAGCCAAAGACGGAGAUCAUGUGCAUGCUGCCAAAAGGGAUCGAGGAACACCCGUUCACGGUCAGCGCCGCCGGCCAGACGUACAAGCAGACAGAUCGGUUUGUGUACCUCGGACGUACCAUCUCCGCGGACGGAAAGGUCGACCGAGAGAUCACGAGCCGCACCUGCCGAGCGUGGAAGUGCUACCGCCGGAACAGUGCUUCGAUGUACGACAGGCGACGGGCCGACCGCCAGCUCAAGAUCCGGCUUCUCCAGGCUGAAGUGGUGGAGACUCUCCUGUAUGGGUGCGCCUCGUGGAGCCUAACAGCGGAGCACUACACGAAGCUCAAUGGGACCCACCGCCAGUUCCUCACACGGUGCAUCGGCUGGAGCAAGCGGAAACGCUCAGACCGCCCCCUGUCCUAUGCCCAGGCCCUCAUCCAGGCAGGCUGCGAGGAAACCAUCGAGGCCACCGUGCGCAAACGGAGACUGUGUUUCGUGGGCUUUGUUGUGCGCAUGGAGGACAGCCGCCUCCCCAAGCGCAUGCUGUCAGGAGCGAUGGCGGGGGGCGUGGGAUACCGGGGCGGGCAGGAGAGCGACUGGGUGUCUCGUCUAGGAGAGGACCUCGUGGCCUUCAACAUUGGAGACGAAAAGGGAGCGGGUAAAUGGAAAGAGAGCGCCAAGGACCCGGAAGUGUGGUACAACAACGUCGAGGACGGGGCGGCAUGGUUCAUGAGGAAAUGGCACAGGCAGGAGGCGGAAGCGUCCGCGAAGCGCCAGCGCGCGCGGGAAGCAGAAGCAGAGAGUACGACCAUCUCAGGACCGAAGAGAAAGA